GUUUCAUUCGCGGCUCUAGUUGGAACUUUUAGUUGAUUGCCGGCCGAGCUUCAUUACCGUACUCUCAGUUUGAGCGCCCCGAUUUUUCGAGCUCUCAGUGGUAUACGUACAAGUUCCGUACGUGCCGCGGGAAGCAAGUAAAUUUAAUGUUAAACAGAAGUCACAGUAAAUUGCUACAGUUCCCUUUUAUUUCAAAUAAUCACAACCAUGUCGCAUGACUCACAGUCGCCUCCUUCCUUCAGCAGGGACUGGUUCUUCCCCUCACCCACUUAUUCCACUCACCCACCAGGAACCCCAAAAUAUACUAGAAGAUUCUCCACAACUAGGAGAAUCUCUCAGCCUUCCUUUCCUGAUCCACAAACCCAACAAAAGCCAUUGUCUAGAAAUGAAGUGCUGGAAUCGUGUAGUGUUUCAUCCUCUAACUCAAAACCCUAUAGAGACACCAGAUAUGUACGGCCUCGCCGCAGAGUUGACUUUAGUCGAAAAACUGAUAAUCCACCUAAAAGAGAAGAAGACUAUGCUGUUUCAGAUGGCAUAUCAGUUAGCAAAUCUGCCAUAUUGGGAGAGAAGAUGAUUGUUGGGACCUCAGGUCAACGGCUUAAGGUCCAUUGGCAGAUGGCAUUUUCUAUAGUGAUUCUGGUCACAGUCUUUACUUCUUUAGUGCACAAGAGCUUCUCAUUGCACAAUCAAGUAACUGAUUUGAAGGGUCAGAUCUCUAAGCUGAAUAUUAGACUACAAAUGUGCAAUCUGUCGGACUCUGCAGAUAUUUCUUUAUAUGGGGAGGAUGAUCUUCUUCCUAGCAAAAGCUUAAAAAAUUUAGCUUUGGUUUUUUCAAUUGCUCUCUUGUCAAUCCCCACCUUUAUUUUCAAGUACAUAUACUAUGUCUCAAGAUCAAGAAAAUCGGAUAUUAUUUCUGAAGAAGUUUCUCUAAAUAAGCAGCUAGCAUAUCAAGUGGAUCUCUUUUUAUCUGUCCAUCCAUAUGCUAAGCCACUUGCAUUGUUGGUUGCAACUCUACUCCUCAUUUUUCUUGGGGGGUUGGCACUUUUUGGUGUGACUGAUGACAGCUUAGCAGAUUGCCUUUGGUUAUCCUGGACAUACAUAGCUGACUCGGGCAAUCAUGCUAACUCCGAGGGCAUUGGUCCAAAGCUAGUUUCAGUUUCCAUUAGCUUUGGUGGAAUGCUUAUAUUUGCGAUGAUGCUUGGACUUGUCUCAGAUGCAAUUUCUGAGAAGUUGGACUCACUACGGAAAGGAAGAAGUGAGGUGGUAGAGCAGAACCACACUCUUAUUCUUGGGUGGAGUGACAAAUUGGGAUCAUUACUUAAUCAGCUUGCCAUAGCCAAUGAGAGUUUGGGUGGAGGGAUUGUUGUAGUGAUGGCUGAACGGGACAAAGAGGAGAUGGAACUUGACAUUGCUAAAAUGGAAUUUGAUUUUAGAGGAACAUCUGUAAUCUGCAGAAGUGGGAGUCCUCUUAUCUUGGCUGACCUGAAAAAGGUGUCUGUCUCCAAGGCCCGUGCAAUAAUUGUACUUGCUGAAGAUGGAAAUGCUGACCAGAGUGAUGCACGUGCUCUGAGAACAGUUUUAAGCCUAACUGGAGUCAAAGAAGGGUUGAGAGGGCACAUUGUGGUGGAACUAAGUGAUCUCGAUAACGAAGUCCUUGUUAAACUUGUUGGUGGUGUUCUUGUCGAAACUGUUGUGGCACAUGAUGUUAUUGGCCGUUUGAUGAUUCAAUGUGCUAGGCAGCCUGGACUUGCACAGAUCUGGGAAGAUAUACUUGGAUUUGAAAAUUGUGAAUUCUACAUUAAAAGAUGGCCUCAAUUGGACAGAAUGCAGUUUGAGGAUGUAUUGAUUUCUUUUCCUGAUGCAAUACCUUGUGGUGUCAAGGUUGCAUCAUGUGGUGGUAAAAUUAUCCUUAAUCCUGAUGAUUCAUAUGUUCUCCAAGAAGGUGACGAAAUUCUUGUUAUAGCUGAAGAUGACGAUUCAUAUGGUCCCGCUGCAUUACCAAUGGUCAAAGAAGAAUCAUUCUUGCAUAUUGACAGACCGGCAAGAAAGCCACAGAAGAUUCUACUUUGUGGAUGGAGGAGGGACGUUGAUGAUAUGAUUGUGGUGUUGGAUGCCUUUCUAGCACCUGGUUCAGAGCUAUGGAUGUUUAAUGAUGUUCCUGAAAAUGAGAGAAAGAAGCUCAUUGAUGGUGGUCUGGACUUCACUCGGUUGGUGAAUAUAUCAUUGGUAAAUCGUGAGGGAAAUUCUGUUAUACGCCGUCACUUGGAGAGCCUUCCUUUGGAAUCUUUUAAUUCAAUAUUGAUUUUGGCUGAUGAAUCGGUGGAAGAUUCAGCUAUUCAAGCUGAUUCCAGAUCUCUUGCUACAUUACUGUUGAUUCGAGAUAUCCAGGCAAAACGUCUCCCAUAUAGGGAAGCAAUGGCAUCACGGGUUCACUGGGGCUCUUGGAUUGGGGAGAUGCAGCAAGCUUCUGAUAAGUCGGUAAUAAUCAGUGAAAUUCUGGACCCAAGGACUAAAAAUAUGCUUGCCAUGUCAAAGAUUAGUGAUUAUGUUUUGUCAAAUGAGCUUGUCAGCAUGGCUUUGGCCAUGGUUGCCGAGGAUCGACAAAUAAAUGAUGUACUGGAAGAGCUCUUUGCAGAGGAGGGCAAUGAGAUGCAUAUAAGACAAGCAGAUCUUUACCUUCGAGAAGGUGAGGAAUUAAGUUUCUACGAGAUAUUAUUAAGAGCCAGACAAAGGAGAGAGAUUGUCAUCGGUUAUCGCUUGGCCAAUGCUGAGAGAGCUGUCAUCAAUCCACCAGCAAAAAAUGAGAGAAGAAAAUGGUCGUUUGAAGAUGUUUUUGUGGUGAUUGCAGAGAAGGAAUAAGAAUUCUUCGAGUUUGUUUGGCCUUACGUAUAAAGUUCCUGCUUUAGUUAACCAUGAGGUCAGACAAAUAUUUACCCCAUUUCUCUUUAUUCAAGGUCGUGUUAGUUCAAUUCCUAUUCUAUUUUUAAAUAAUUUGUACUCUUAAUUCCAUAUUAGUCAUGACAUAUUAAAUUACAAGAUGAUUUUUAUGAUUGAGGUGAUCUCAGCUCCACUAAAUUCAAAACAGGGUUGAUGAUAAGCUCAAACAUCAAAAUCAUUUUGUAAUUCGUUGGGUCUAAGACUAAUAUAAAAUUUAAGAGGAAGAAUGAGUUAAGAAUAGAAUUGAAUAAAAGCAAAAAAAGUGAGAAAAGUCUUACUAUUGUUAGUAUAAAUCAUGUUAGAGAUAAGAUCUUCAACUAAUAAUUGUGAAUAGAUAAAGAAAUACAAGUUCAGAUCAACAAAUAAACAAUACUUAGGUUGUCAAGAGCAGAGGAAAUUUCAGGACACCCGGGUUACUUGGCUUGCAAAGAUCUUUUAUUAAGGCUAUCCAUGGAACAAAA